CGGCCGAGCAGGCACGAUGGCGAUGCUCCGCGUCUCGAACUGUCCGUCGCAGGAUCUCGCGCUCACGAACUGCGCGUUCGUGAACGCGGCGGACGCCAAGUUCAUCCCGCACGCGGAGAUCGGCGACGUCGUGCUCUUCGUCAAGCCCCAUCCCGACGUCGAGCCCGGCGCGCUCGCGCUGAACGGCGUGCAGAGGAAACUCCUGCGCGUGAGCACCGGGGACACGAUCCGCGCGGAGCCGUUCGCGGUGCCGUCAUCGCAGUUCACCGCGGCCGGGAUGACGCUCGAGCUCGAGUUCACGAAGUUACGGACCGCCGCGGAGCUGAACGCGGUGGGACGGCACGAGGAGGUGGACGCCGUCGCGCUCGGCGCGGGCAUCAAGCGCGUCUUCGCGUCGCAGGUGUUCACCGUGGGUCAGAAAGCCGCGGUGGAGUACUGCGGGAACAACUACCUGUUCACCGUGUCCUCCAUGCUCGUCGCGGACGUCCCCGAGGGCGUGACGUCGUUGCGAGGGGUGUUCACCCCGGACACGUCCGUCGUCUUCGCCGCGGCGCACGGCUCCGCGAUCAAGAUCGUCGGCCAAAAAAACGCGGCGGUGAACUCGAACUUGUUCAAGACCAAGGAGUUCUCGUUCGAGAAGCUCGGGAUCGGCGGCCUGGACAAGCAGUUCGAGGACAUCUUCCGAAGGGCGUUCUCCUCGCGCGUGUUCCCGCAGUCCGUGGUGCAACGCCUCGGCAUUCACCACGUCAAGGGCAUGCUGCUUCACGGCCCCCCGGGCACGGGGAAGACCCUCAUCGCGCGACAGAUCGGUAAGAUGCUCAACGGCAAAGAACCCAAGGUGGUGAACGGGCCGGAGGUGAUGUCCAAGUACGUCGGUCAGUCCGAAGAGAACGUCCGCGCGCUCUUCGCGGACGCGGAGGCGGAGUACAAACAAAAGGGCGACGACAGCGAUUUGCACAUCAUCAUCUUCGACGAGAUCGACGCGGUGUGCAAAGCGCGCGGGACCACGGGGGGCGGCACCGGCGUGCAGGACAGCAUCGUGAACCAGCUUCUGACGAAGAUCGACGGCGUGGACGCGCUGAACAACAUUCUUCUCAUAGGGAUGACGAACAGGAAGGACAUGCUCGACGAGGCCAUCUUGCGCCCGGGGCGCCUCGAGGUGCACAUCGAGAUCGGCCUGCCGGACGAGGCGGGGCGGAACCAGAUCCUCAAGAUUCACUCGAUGAAGAUGAGCGAGAACGAGUUUUUGGGGCACGACGUGGACCUCGCGGAUCUCGCGCGGCGAACGAAGAACUUCUCCGGCGCGGAGAUCGAGGGUUUAGUCAAGUCCGCGGUGUCGUUCGCGUUGUCUCGGCAGGUGGACUUUCAAAACUUGGGCGCCAUGGAGAUCGACGAGGACAACGUGAAGAUCGAAGCCGCGGACUUCGAACGCGCGCUCGGGGAGGUGCAGCCCGCGUUCGGGGCGAGCACGGACAUGUUCGAGCGCUGCCGUCUGAACGGGAUCAUCUCCCCCGGGGAGAAGCACGAGAAGCUGCAUCACACGUGCAGGGCGCUGGUGGAGCAAGUUCGCGUCUCGCCCAAGACGCCGAUGUUGACGUGCCUCCUCGAAGGCGCCGCGGGGUCGGGGAAGACCGCGCUCGCGGCGACGCUCGCGAUCGGCAGCGAGUUCCCGUUCACGAAGCUCGUCAGCGCGGACACGAUGGUGGGGCAGUCCGAGAUGGGGAAGUGCCAGGCGUUGGCCAAGGUUUUCGAGGAUGCGUAUAAAUCGCCGCUGUCGCUCAUCGUCCUGGACGACAUCGAGCGGCUCCUGGAGUACGUCGCCAUCGGCCCGCGGUUCAGUAACGUCGUCUUACAAGCGUUACUCAUCCUACUGAAACGCCAGCCCCCGGAAGGGAAGAAACUCCUCGUCAUCGGCACGACGUCGCUGCCGCACGUGUUCGAAGACAUGGGACUCACCGCGACGUUUAACGUCUCGCUGCACUGCCCGCUGCUCGGCGGGGAGGAGGGGAAGAAGGUUUUGUCUCAGAUCGGCGCGUUCGAGCCGCACGAGCUGGACGCCGCGGUCGCGCUGCUGGACGAGCAGACGCCGAUCAAGAAGCUGUUCAUGCUGCUGGAGAUGGCGAGGCACGGCGGCGGCGGCGGCGGCGGCGGCGACGGCGACGCGGAGGACGGCGGGAAAAUUCCGCUCGAACGGUGGAUCGCGUGCAUGGAGGAUCUGCACGGGUGAGUCAGGGUUCGCGGCGCGGGGGGUCUCGUAGACGUGUUUGUUUUCCUAGCAACGGCGUAGAGCGCGCGCGCGUUCUGUUGUGCUGUACCGUAGUCGACACU